GUGGGCAAAAAUAUGUUUAACACUAGUCAUGCAUUAUAAAUGUAGGAAAAUCAGGGUGAGUUGAUUUCUUCCUCUUAAAUAUUCAUAGGUUUUUUAAAAUCCUCUUGCAAGAGAGCACUGAGUUUGAGAGCAAAUGCUUCUGUUCCUAUGGAGCAUAUUUUCAUUUCAGUGCUCAUAAGAAGAAUUAAUUUUCAUAGUUUCUUACUUCAGUUCACAAGUCCUUUUAUGUUUGUAUUUGUCAUCCUUAUCUUAGUGCAAAUUUUUUGUGCUCGUCAAUGUCUUUGGAGUUACACAAUGGUUCUAUGAGAUAAUGAAUUAGAGUCCUUAUCUGUCUUAACUGCUGGUCACUAUUGCCUGAUGGCAAAUGUUUUUGUCUGAAAUUUGAUAUCCAGUUUUAUUAGACAGUCUUGCAAUUUGUUAAGAACAUACCUUUCUGGGUUAAAUAUAACAAUAAGAGCAACUAUUGUUAGUUUAAUGCUAACUAAGGAAAAAUAGUAAGUACAUGUGUUUGGUAUUUCAAAAUUGUAUUUUUAAGCUGUAUGAAAAGAUGUAUUUUCUACUUUAACAGCUUCAUUCAAUUUCUCUGUGCAAAAUUCUGUAAUUUAACCAACUAUGUAGAAAAAAAAUGCUAUGCAAAUCAUGUGGGGUCGUCAUAUGCUUUGGGUGGUACCCUGAAUGUCUGAACAAGGGGUGAAGCCUCCCUGAAGGCUGAGGGCUUUUGUGUAGUGGCUCUGUGGAAAGACAAAUGGCCUGACAUCCCAGCUCUGGCAUGGAGUGAAAGACUUACUGGCAUUCUCCUGUGUCUUCCACUGGUUUAUUUUACCAACCCCUUAGGUGCAGUCACUUAGGAAGCCUCUCUGGCAUCGGGCUCAGCAGUGUGCAUGGCCUGUGAGUGCCUUUUGGAAAGGCUUAGGAAAAGGUGAGCUCACUUGUGCCAUGGACUCUUGGUCCAGAAAGGCAUUUGUGACUGCAAAAAGGAGGCUCUGGAUUCAUCCUACACCCUAUACAAACAUCUGAAAAAUGUCUGUCUGAAUCCUAGAACAGAUUUCUGAGGGAUAUAUUAGACACAAGGACUAAAAAGAAAAUAGUGCAUUGACAAAAACUGAGUUUAUUCUAUCAGGGAAAAUUCUAGUCAAUGCUGACAAUUACUUACCUCUCACAGGAAGAAAGACUAAAACACAUCUAUGUUCUGAUAGCCCAAUAAUUUUGUACAAGAUUCUGUACUACAUCAAGUGUAUCUUUGGGUUACAUGGGGGAAGUAUGUACUCAUAGGAAAUUUUGUUUGCCCAGAAUUUGUGGAUUUAAUACAAUAUAUUUUAAUGGGUUUUUUUAAAAUGUGUAUUUAUUAUCUGCAAUUAUGUGCAAGAAUAAAGUCAGACACACAUUUUUUAAUCUUUACACCUUUACCUGAUUUAAUGAACUUCUAUCACCAACUCUUCAUUUGGUUCACACUCCCUUAAAGAAGCCUGGCUGAUGUUUUGGCAUUCCAUGGAGAUCCUACGGUUUAGGAUGGCAAAUAUCAUGUGUGUGUCUUUUCCCUGUUUGUCUUUGCAGGUGUAAACCAAGAUCUGGGUAAUGUGUUAAGUGCUGACUGUGACAAAGGGUGCAUUAAAAAUGUGACGUGUUUUGCAUUUCAGUUGCAGGAAAAACAUGAUUCUUUCUUGCCUUUGUUUGUGUAAGCUGACUGUAGCAGUAGUCCCUCAGACAUGUUCAGUAGUGACAAAAGUAGCUGCAGAUACUGAGGAAUGGAUAUGAGUUACCAGAAGAGAAAGUAGGUGACCACAGGAAUGACAGAACAACGUACUUGUAAGCACGUGGCGUUCAGUGCAUGUGAAGACUAACUAUGGCUUCCCCAUGCAGGAACUGGAGUGGGCUGACAGUGCAAGGAAAAUAAGAAUUGCAGCAAUUCAUAGCUCUAUUGUUAUUUGUCCCCUUAGAGUGAAUUGGGAACCAAUUUAUUCUUCACUUCCCUGAAAUCUCUAAUUAGUGCAAAUGAUUCAACUUUACAUGCGUAUUUUAUUAAUCUUGUGUUUUCUGAUCAAGUUACACUCAUUGCUUUGCUUCAUCAUUUGCGUUUUGAAGGCUUAAUGCAUACUUGCCAGGUGAUGUACGUUCCUCUCUGAGAGUAACUGGAGUGAAUGCUCCAAAUAGUUGCUGCAAAAGCUGAGAAAUUUGAAUCAAGCCUGAAAAACUGAUUUCAAGAGCACUAAGUUCAAUCAAGCUGAGAAAAAUCAAGCCUAAGAAGUAUAUACUUCAUAUGGGAAAAUAUCCUUUUUAGUAUGACUGAUAUAUAAACAGUGAUUACAGAUUCCAGUUUCUGGCCAAAACAACACUUUCAAAAAUAUUACUAGCCUAGAUUUAUAAAUAAUCAGAAGUAAUAGGGAAUAUCUCAUUUAGUGACAAACCCACUCUUCUGUCUCUGCAUUCCUGGCUAACAUACAAGCCAUGGAUACUGCUGGGGUAUUUGUUGCAGAUAAGUUGGAUUCAGCUAUGGAAUGCUCACAGACAUUUAGUUAUUAACAUUGCCUCAUAAUCUUCCACAUGGAGAUGAACAGACUUGCAUAGGAAUAAGAACAAAACAGCUUCAAGGAGUGAUUCUUGUAAAGAUUGUCUCCACAGUCUCACUGCCAGUGAUGAGAUUAAAAAGUGGUUUUGACUGAGGUAAUCAGGAACAUGGCAAAACAACCAUCCUAAAUGGUUGGGCUAUCUCUCAGUAAAUAUUUUCACAAAGCUUUUCAAUAGGAAUGUCAUCGCUGCUGGGGUCUUCCUCACGGAGAGAGAAUUCCCCCAGACGUAAGUAAAUAACAUGGGACAACAGCAAAAUGAGGCACAGCUGAAACUCCUUGCUGAAAUUGUAACUUGCCAUGGACACUGAUGCUUGACUUGAACUGGUUAACGAAGUGGCAGAUAAAUGGUGCAUGCCAUUCACAAGAUCUGAAAUAGGUCAGCACUGCUGUUGUUCAGAGAGGUCAUUUCUGCCCAUUGUUAUGGCUCUGUUCAGGAUAGCACACAAGCAAAGGGAAUGCUAAGGUAAAAGGAAACACUUCUUAAGCACUGCUCAAGCUGUGUUGGUGGUGUGCUGGGAUGCCACUACCAGUCGUGGUUCAGGAAGAGCUCCAAGUACAAUCAAGGCUGUGUUUGUUCUGUGCCAGAAGGCUGGCAGUUUCUUCCCAAACACACAAAUCACGACUUGCACUUUACCAAACACAAUGUGUCUGUUCACCUUUGCAAAGUACUUUAGCCCAUAGAAGAUUCUUUUCAAUAACAUUAUUAUUAGAAUUGGUAUCCCAAAUGAGCUUGAAUUUCCUGCAUCUUAUUCUCAGGAAAAAACACACUGAGAAUUCCCUGAAACAUUCAGACUUGCAUAAACAUCUGUCACAGAAUGUUUUGAUCCAAAUCAUUCAAAUCAUUCAAGUUCUAAGCAAUAAGCAGUAGAAUCUCAGGAGGAGAAGUAGCAGGCAGUUUUUAUGUUAGCUGGAACUGCAACCUCUGUUUAUAUUUGUAGAUUUCCAUAUGUGAAGGAUCCUUUCCAAACCUAUUACAGAUACCCUACAAUGACUUAAGACCAGUGUUCAUUUUACAAUACAGCAAGCCCAUCAAAAAUUUAACUUCUAAACAAGCAAAGCCAACCUCUGCUCCUCUGCUGCCUUCCCUGUCUUAAUCCCCUAUUUUCAGAACACUCAGAAAAAUCAAACCAUACUAUAAUUUGGGAGAAUUAUGCCUUAUUCCUGUCACUGUUGAAGGGAAAAUCCUUUAAAAAAUUAUGUAUCUUAAAGAUCAGUGAAGUGCAAUGUAUCAUGGCUUCAGUUUUCAGAGCACAGCUAGAUUGGGAGGCAAGAACAAUCCACCGUGUGUGGUUCAUGCUGUUGCUGUUCAUACAGAUACCCUUUGCAUGGCUGCUGGUCUGAAUUCAAAUGGCUACAGAGAAAAGGCACCUGCUUGAAAGAUCCUUUGCAAAUGCUGUUCGACAGGGCUGGAGGGGAGUGGUCGGCAAACAUUCUCCAGCUGAGAGUGUUCAGGGACGAAUGCUCAGGCUGUCAAAUAUUAGCCAAAACAUCCUGCCAACGGCUAAUGCCCCGGAGGCAAUACACCGGGGUGUACGACACGCAGUUUCAUCCUAGAGCUCCUGCAGAGAGGUAGGAGCCUCUCUCCUCUCUCUGCAUCCUGGAGAUGGCCUCACCCAAGGUUGCAGUGGUGGGCGCGGGAGUCAUCGGCCUGUCCACAGCAUUGUGCAUCACAGAGACUUGUCCCAGCUGCUCUGUGACGGUCCUUUCGGACCAGUUCAGCCCCAACACAACGAGUGAUGUGGCAGCUGGGAUGCUCAUCCCUCACAUCUACCCAGACGUGCCGAUCCACAGGCAGAAGCAGUGGUUCCAAGAGACCUUCACUUACCUUUUUGCCAUCAGCAACUCAGCUGAGGCAUCAGAGGCUGGCAUUCACCUGGUCUCUGGUUGGCAGAUCUUUAAAAGCAUUCCCAAGGAAGAGUUACCUUUCUGGUCAGAUAUUGUGCUGGGAUUUCGACCAAUGUCCGAAGCAGAACUCCAAAAGUUCCCUCAGCACCGAUUUGGUCAGGCCUUUACAACCCUGAAAUGUGACUGCCCACCCUACCUGCUGUGGCUGGAGAAAAGGUUGAAAGCAACUGGCACCCAGAUGUACACCAGGAAAGUGGCAGACUUGUGGGAGCUGCACAGUGAAUACAACAUCGUUGUCAACUGCACAGGCAUGGGAGCCCACCAGCUGGUGGGGGACAAGCAGCUCUUCCCUGUCAGGGGACAAGUACUCAAGGUUCACGCUCCUUGGGUGACACAAUUCAUCCGGGAUGGAGAUGGCUUAACUUACAUCUACCCAGGGAUACGUAGGGUGACCCUGGGGGGAACCAGGGAAAAGGGGAGCUGGAGUCUCUCCCCUGAUGCUGGCACUACUAGAGACAUCUUUGACAGAUGCUGCUCCCUUGAGCCCUCACUGCAGGGAGCUCAGGAUAUUGAGGUGAAGGUGGGCCUGAGGCCAUCCAGGCAGUGUGUGAGAGUGCAGAGAGAGGUUUUGAGCCAAGGAGGAGUUAAGCUCCCAGUGGUUCACAACUAUGGGCAUGGGGCAGGUGGCUUUUCAGUGCACAGGGGCACAGCCAAAGAGGCUGCUCACUUGGUGGAAGAGUGCAUUUCUGCUCUGCAAGACUCCUCAUCGAGGGCCAAACUUUGAAUCCCAGAGGCUCUUUUUCCAUUUACAGCUAGUGCUGCAUCUCCUAGCAGCAGCUUGGACUUUAAGUCCAUUACUGUAUAGAAGGGAACUAAGUCAACAUCUUGUUCCAGUGUACAUACUCAGUGGUAUUUUUAACCACCUUGGAAAGGCAUGAUGUGUUGAUCCAUGUAUUAGCCCAGCUGAUCAUCUCCUCCAUCUGCCCUAGGCAUUUGUCCUAGUCUCAUGUGAAGAAGACAAGAUACAUAAAUACUCUUCACAUAAAAGGGAUCAUGUUGCUGCAGUAUAAUACAAAUAACACCAAUUUAGCAUUUCUGCCCCUGCAUCUAAAGGGUGUCAGAUGCAGUAGGCUCAGAUUCAGUAAAAAUAGGUUGUCUCCUCUUGUACCAAAUCUAAUCUAGAAUUGCCUUUGUUUCUGCCACCUUGCUAACAAAUUUUAUCAUUGUCUAUAUGAUUUAAAAGGAAAAGAAAACCCCAUGCAGUGCUGCAUUACAGUGCUCCAGGUCAGCUCCUAUAGAAAGCAGCGUUAGGUCAGUGUCACACACAGUGACCAGGCAAGUGUGAUUUUAAGAGCAGGUCUAUGAUACCCAUCACUGCAUUUGCUCAUAUUGCACCUCAGGGAACUCAAAGUUUCUGCUAAUAUUGCCCCACAUGAGCUACAGUUUUGUGCGUCUUUUCUCACGCUAGUUUGCAAAUCUGUUUUUUUCCUUCAAGGCCCUCAGAUUUUGCUCUCAGACACCAAUGAUUUCCCCCCAGGCCCUCCUCUCCUCCCCCACAAAGCAACAUUGAUAUGGCCUUUGUUCUACUGAAGAGGAUUUUUCAGAGUGGGCUGGGGAAUGCAGCAUCCCUUUUCUACUUCACAACAACACUGUCUGCUUUCCUUGCAACAGCUGAUAUGAAUAAAUUGGAGACAAACCAACAAGGAUUCUAACACCAGCAUCGGUUUUGUAGAAGAGCCAUUUAAGACUAGAUAAACACUCUAAGAAAAAAAUUUGUCUGUAACUGGACAUGAGCAAGCUCCUCUGCUGUAAGAAAGCUGAGUCCUCUGCUGACUCCAUGGCAGAGGCUCUGCUGGGCUUUACACUUCCCUCAGCAAUUCAAGCCCUUUGAUGUGUCUGAAGAUAAUCACUCCCCAAAACUGGAUCUCACCAUCAAAGUACAGGUCUGACUCGUAGUGAUUAAAUGACUCAUUAAAUCUUUAAUGGCACACUUGAGAGUGUUAUCAUCCAUUUUUGUCUUGUUUUUUUGUCCAUAGAAUUACAAAACCAUUAAAAUCCUUCAAUAAUUCCAGUGAUUAAAAUUAACUGAUAAAUAAAGUUCUAAUAAUGGAGCAAAGGUCA